AAUUUCGCGGAUUUUUUUUAAUGAAGUGUUCUCAUUCAUUCAUUCAGUUUAUUUAACCAACCUCUCCAAACGGGUGCAAUACUAGAUUUAUGAAAACUGGCCUAUAUUAUUACACCAGUGUUUUAAAAAGGGGCCUAAGCCUGAUAUACCAUCAAAUUUCCAAGCUUUGCAUCAUACUAUGUUUUGAGAAAAAAAUAUGAUUAGGUUUAAGUAACCUGCACUAAAGCAAGCUUACAGUUCCAGCCAGUUUUGAUCACAGGAUGCUUAUGUUAUUCUGUUUGGAUGUCUUAGAUGUUGCUUGAAGAAAUCUAAGCUGAUGUUGUUUGCAUAGAUUUCAAUAUUUGUGUGUGCAAGUUGGGUCCACACUGUUUAUCUUAGUUGGCAAUUAUCAAUAGAAUCAUAAAAAUCAGUAAUGCCACUGACAGCUGAUGUUGCAGCCCAACAAGUACAGGAAAGGCUAAGGUCCCUACAUAGACUCAUUUAUGACAUAGAAGGAGAAAGAGGUAGAAAUGAACAGUGUAUUGAGUCCAUUCUUAGAGCUGAGAAAGCGGCUGAAUGCUCACCAUCCACCGAUGAUUCUUCUGGCUCCUCACAUCAGCAAAUGCAGUUGAAAUCACUUUACAAGGCCGGUCUGAGUGCUGCUGAACAAGAAGAGAGAGUCCUUCGCACAGCAUUGUCCCGAAUAUAUGAGAUACGUGCCAUCAAAAAUGAAAGGAGAAUUCAGGCUCGUCACGCCGGUAACAAAGAAACAAUAGGCUGUGGAGCUCUCAUGAAGAUGCUCCUGAGUGCUGCCCAAACGUUACCCCUCCACGUGGGCCGGGUGGGGGAGAGAGCCCCCCAGCUGUGUGGGGCAGUGCCCGCAGACCCCGGGCAUAUCGCUCGUCCCGGAGACGCAGUGGCCGCACUCGUCCGCGUCUCAGAAAAGGAGGAGAACUGGAUCCUGGCUGAGGUGGUGAGCUGGCUCCCGGCGCAAGGCAAGUACGAGGUCGACGAUAUCGACGAGGAGCAGAAGAACCGCCACGUGUUGAGCAAGCGGCGCGUGGUGCCACUGCCCCUGAUGCGAGCCGACCCUCGCACCGACGAGCAGGCACUCUUCCCCAAAGGUGCCGUGGUGAUGGCCCUCUACCCACAGACCACGUGCUUCUACCGAGCCGUCGUCAACAGACUGCCUUCAUCAGCCGCCGACCCAUACGAAGUGCUGUUUGAGGACUCGUCCUACGCGGACGGCUACUCUCCGCCGGAGCGCGUGGCUCAGCGUUACGUCAUCGCCAUCAAAGAGGGCAAAGGUCGCACCUGACCCCGCCGCCCUGUGUCCCCCGCGCUCUCGCCGACCUCGUCGCAAUCUAGGACACACUCUUCGGAUACGGACUGAACUUAUAUAAAUAUAUCUGUAGCGCUCUAUCAUUGAAGACAGAUCACUAGAUGUUAUAUUAUUAUAGUCUAGUUAUCUACUGUAUUGUAUUAUAGAAAUUGUAUGAUACUGUAAAAAGUAGAUUACUAGAUUUAAAGAAAGUGUGUGUUCUUAUGUAAGCACGUACGAAGUUAUACUUCUUUGGCCUACCAAAACAAAAAUCCAUAAAAAAUUAUACCUCGUGCUAUAUUGUAUGUUUGUAGUAAGAACAAUAUUGCAAUAAAGGUAUUAAAUAAAACCAAUGAAAAUAUUAUUAUAGCCAAAGCCGAAGUACGGAACAUGCCAUAAGUAUACCAUUAAUAAUCAGCUUCGACUAUAUCUUUACAUUACCGCAUUUACUCUAGUUGUUUAAAAUAUGCUUGGUCAAUAAUCAGCAAUGUAAAACAUUUAUUCAGUUCAGGUUUUAUUCGGACAGUGACAGUUGACACAUAACUAAGGAGAAAAGUGUGCAUACAUUGUCCUUAUGCACACUUUUGCCGUUCCGCUAUUAAACUGCGUUAUAUAAGUGUAGAACGUCUUUCAUCAAUUAUAAUUUAUAUUAUAAGGUAUAAUUUAGUUAAAUGACGUUUAUUUAAUUAACAUUAACUUUUACCUUUUAACAAAUAGAAAGAAAUUAUUAUUUUUUAUUUUACAACUUACACCUAUUGAAAUUUAUAUAAUUGUCGCUUAUUGGUUGUUUUACAGCAGACAUAUGAGAAACAAGAGGCUUAGUUGCUUUAGUUGACCAGCUAGCGUCUGGGUGAUUGGUUUUCUCAUAUUUUUUUCCGUAAGAAGUAAGAGAAAAGUACCUCUAAAUUCAAAAAGCACGGCGUUCGCCCAAACAAUGAAAUACAUAUUGUUCCCGGCCGCUACCGCCCAACGCUUGAAACUGAACAUGCUCGGUUAAUCGAGUUUUAAAAGCGCUACGAAUGAACGUGCCGAUGUUUCGUUUGAACGGACCGCUAUAGACAUUGAAUAACCUAUUUUGCUAAUGAAGUCUUAAAUCUAUGAUGUACGCACAUCAUAUUUUAAGGUAGGUGCAUAUUAUAUGCUCGUUGAUUAUUGUUGACUUCUAUGUAGCGUUAAGCAUUUAUUAAAUAAGGAAUAUUUUUGAGCUGCCACAUGUGUAAUUAUGUCCAAUAACUUUUAAGAGAAUUUUGAUUGUAAAUAUUCUCUCACAUAUUAUUGUGUAUAAAUAGUACUUAAUUCAAUAGAUAAAGUGUAAAGUCAAACAAUUAUUAUGUUAGUUGAGGAACAGGAAUGUAGUUAUGAAAUAAAAAAAAUUAUUCGUGUA